AUGGAAAGAGAAAGUUCGCGGCUUAGUGCACUUCAUCUUGUGGGUCAGCUGAAGAGCGAACUGCAUCGUUUGAAGGGCGAAGCAUCCGAUGCUGGAAGUGUUGCAUCGUCUGUUCUACACUCUUCCAGUUGUGAUCACGAGCAGCAGCACCCUCGGUUUGUGGACCCGCAUGAUCACGAUGAUGAAGUAAGCUCCUGCGCAUCGCCUGAUGCUUAA